UGUUAACUUCUGUUUCGUUUUUCAUCGCAAAAACAAUGAAAAAUCACAAGAAAUAUGCUAAACUACCCCAAGAUUUAGAUUUACGUUUUCAACAACAAUUGGAUGUAGACACUGCUGCUACUGAUGAUUUUAAUUUAACCGGUUCUGGUUUGGACGACGACGACGAUAACAUACUGGGCGAUCAAGACGCGGUGGCGGAUGACGAAGACGAAGUCAUAGAAGACGACGACGAAGAGGACGAAGUAGUCUAUGCGACGGCAGCAGCUGCGGCCACGGGACUCAGCGGUACCGGUUCAUGCGGUUUACGUUUAGUGGGCGCUACGGCUGCCGCUCGUAAACAACAACUUAAUAAAAAAGUUCUUUCCGGCUUGGGAAGAGACAGUGUUAUUGAGACGGGGUCUACUUUAACCCACGAAAUGUUAUUAACAACUGCUGAAUCUUCAACAUAUAGUGCCUCUGAAGUGGCUGGGCGGCUGCAGGUGGACGUACGGACUGGCCUUAAAUGGACAGAGGCGAAAUAUAGAGCCAAAAUUAUCGGUCACAAUGAGCUUAAUGUUAUCGAAGAGGAUCCUACGUGGAAGAAAUACAUAGAGCAAUUUCGUAAUCCUUUAAUAUUAUUACUACUGGGUUCUGCUGUGGUUUCCAUAUGCAUGAGACAAUUUGACGAUGCCGUAAGCAUAACAAUAGCCAUCAUUAUAGUGGUGACGGUAGCUUUUAUUCAAGAGUAUCGUUCCGAGAAGAGUUUGGAAGAGCUGAAAAAAUUAGUACCGCCGGAGUGUCAUUGCCUGCGAGAAGGUCAUUUGGACACGUUUUUAGCGCGUGAACUAGUCCCGGGCGAUGUGGUUCAUUUAAAUGUAGGCGAUCGUGUGCCCGCCGAUGUACGAUUAUUUGAGGCUAUCGACUUGUCUAUCGAUGAAUCUUCAUUUACUGGCGAAACAGAACCUGCUCGCAAAUGCACUGAAUUGUUGUUGAAUAGUGCGGUUAAUAAGGAUCAUACGAAUAUGAAGAAUAUAGCUUUCAUGGGCACUUUGGUAAGAUGUGGCAAUGGAAAAGGUAUUGUGGUCAGCACCGGUGAACGCAGUGAGUUUGGUGAAGUGUUUAAAAUGAUGCAGGCGGAAGAGUCGCCGAAAACUCCAUUGCAAAAAUCAAUGGAUAUAUUAGGAGCCCAGCUUAGCUUUUAUUCUUUCAUCAUAAUAGGAGUAAUUAUGCUGCUAGGAUGGUUGCAGGGCAAACCAUUGGUGGAUAUGUUUAAUAUCAGCGUUUCGUUGGCAGUGGCAGCAAUACCUGAAGGCUUACCGAUCGUAGUCACCGUGACUUUGGCUUUAGGUGUGAUGCGUAUGGCAAAACGGAAUUGCAUAGUGAAGAAAUUGCCCACUGUAGAAACCUUAGGCUGCGUUAAUGUCAUCUGUUCAGAUAAGACAGGAACGCUAACCAAAAAUGAAAUGACUGUUACUGUUAUUAUCACAAGCGACGGAUACAUGGCUGAUGUUACAGGUGCUGGCUACAAUGAUCAAGGGGAAAUUCAUAUACGAAAUUGCAACAAUGUGGAAAUGGCCAAAACAAAUAUUACUAAUCUUUUGGAAAUUGGCGCCGUUUGUAAUAAUGCUUACAUACAGAACGGUGUGUUGUUGGGUCAGCCAACGGAAGGUGCUUUGAUAGCGGCCGCUAUGAAAAAUGGCAUGUACGCCACAGCCGAAAAUUAUGUACGCAUACAAGAGUACCCCUUCUCAUCUGAACAAAAAAUGAUGGCUGUCAAGUGCAUACACAAAUAUAAUAACAACAAAGAAGAGAUAUUCUUCGCCAAAGGAGCUUUGGAUAUGUUACUACCGCAAUGUACUAAAUAUCAAUACGGUGGCCAAACAGUUCCCUUGACUAAGCAAAAUGAAGCAGAAUUUUUGGCUGAGGCUUAUGAAAUUGGGCGUAAAGGUUUGCGUGUCUUGGCUUUGGCUAAGGGUAAAAGUUUGCAAGAUUUAAUUUACUGCGGUCUAGUAGGCAUCACAGACCCACCUCGGCCACUGGUCAGGGAGUCAAUAGAAUUGUUGAUGCAGAGCGGGGUGAGAGUGAAAAUGGUGACCGGCGAUGCGCAAGAGACGGCAAUGGCUAUCGCCAGCCUUAUUGGCAUCGAUACAAUACAUCAUCAAACAUUGUCUGGCCAAGAAAUCGAUCAAAUGAAUGAACACCAAUUGGAUAAAGUGGCAAAUAACGUAAGUGUUUUUUAUCGUGUAACGCCACGUCAUAAAUUGGCUAUAGUCAAGUCUUUGCAACGCACUGGCAAUAUUGUUGGCAUGACAGGCGACGGUGUAAACGAUGGCGUAGCUUUGAAAAAGGCCGACAUAGGCAUUGCUAUGGGUAAAAAUGGUACGGACGUGUGUAAAGAGGCUGCCGACAUGAUAUUGGUAACUGAUGAUUUCCAUACCAUAAUCGCCGCUAUAGAGGAGGGCAAGGCUAUAUUUUAUAAUAUAAGAAAUUUCGUAAGAUUUCAGUUGAGUACUUCGAUUGCCGCUUUGUCUUUGAUUGCCUUGGCCACUCUUAUGGGCAUAGCCAAUCCUUUAAAUGCUAUGCAAAUAUUAUGGAUUAACAUUAUAAUGGACGGGCCGCCGGCUCAAAGUUUGGGAGUUGAACCGGUCGAUCAUGAUGUUUUAAAGCAGAAACCUCGCAACGUUAAACAACCGAUGAUUACCAGAUCGGUAAUCGUGAACGUUUUGCUAAGUGCCAGCAUUAUCAUUUUGGGCACGUUGUGGGUAUUUCAGAGAGAAAUGGUUGAUGGAUCUUUGGGCAAAACUAAACGCGAUACAACAAUGACUUUUACGUGUUUCGUAUUCUUCGAUAUGUUUAACGCUCUCUCCUGCCGAUCACAAACCAAAAGUGUUUUCACCAUUGGUCUAACCUCGAAUCGGAUGUUCCUUUUCGCAGUAGCCUUCUCAAUUAUUGGUCAAAUGCUGGUUAUUUAUUUUCCACCACUCCAAAUGGUCUUUCAAACAGAAUCGCUAUCAGCUUACGAUAUAUUGUUUCUGCUCUCGCUAACCUCCUCAGUGCUAAUAGUCGCCGAAAUUAAAAAAUGGUUUGAACGUACCAUGGAACGUAAAAUUUACAAGUCACGUUCCGAAUUGGAUUUCGUAUGACAAAACGCAAGCGCUGGAAGAUUGUUAAAUGAAAAGAAAUUCCAUUAAAUUUUUGGUUUUACACAGUUGAAAUAAUAAUAAUAA